GAGACAGAGAGAUACAAAGAGAGAGAAAGAGAUAGAGAGGAGAGAGAGAGAGAGAGAGAAAGAGAGAGAGCAGUGAGGGUGAGAGAGAGAGAGAAGAGAGAACCGUUUGAGUCCGUUUUUUCUGUUAAUAUAUGAAGGAGAAACCAUGGUGUCCGACCAAGAAAUAGCGAAAGGGGUGGAGUCGUUGCUCCGUCAGUCGGACCCUAACUCCGUCACCACUUUAAACGGCGUCGUUCAGCAGCUGGAGGCUAAGCUAGGGUUAGACCUCUCGCACAAGGCCGUCUUCAUUCGCGACCAGAUCAACCUCCUCCUACGUUCCCACCCACAGACACAGACCCAACUCCCUCCUCCAAAAGACCAUUUUGCCCUCCACUCUCACCCACAAUUUCCCACCGCCUCCCACUCCCAACAAUUCCCUGCCCAUUUUGCCCUCCACCCCCACCACCGCCCUGUCGACGCCCAGACCUUCCAACAGCAGCCUCCACCUCAGCCUCAGCUUCUUUCGGCGCCGGUGCAACCCCAGCUGCAGCCUCCGGCUAAGCCCAAUGUCUUCCCUCACAAUGCCGUCACGGUCGCCUCCGAAGCUCCCAAAGAAAGUCCUACAGUUGGAGCCAAAAGAAGAGGUGGGCCAGGAGGCCUAAACAAAGUAUGUGGUGUCUCACCUGAACUUCAGGCCAUUGUCGGUGAACCAGCAUUGCCGAGGACUGAGAUUGUGAAACAGCUUUGGGCAUACAUAAGGAAAAACAACCUUCAAGAUCCAAGUAACAAGAGAAAGAUAAUUUGUGAUGAUGCAUUGCGUUUGGUAUUUGAGACAGACUGCACCGACAUGUUCAAGAUGAAUAAGCUGCUGUCUAAACAUAUCAUCGCCCUUGAUCCCAUCAAUAAGUCAAGUCAAGCUAAAAGAGUGAAGGUAGAUGUCGAGCCUAGUACUGAAAGCGCAGAAAUUGGUUCAUCGUCUCCUGUUAUAAUAUCCGAAGCACUUGCUAAGUUUUUGGGCACCGGAGGAAGGGAAAUGCUCCCGUCUGAAGCAUUAAGACGUGUUUGGGAAUACAUAAAGGUUAACCGUUUGGAGGAUCCUAUAAAUACCAUGGUGAUAUUAUGUGAUGCCAAGCUUCAGGACCUUCUUGGAUGUAAAAGUAUUUCUGCACUGGGGAUCCAAGAGAUGUUAACACGCCAUCAUUUAUUCAAACAGUCAUGAUACCUGGUAGCACUGACUGGUGCAAGGGACCUUUGUCACCUGGUCUCUUCUGACUGUAGAGAAGAUAGGGAAGAACUGUUUUUCUUUUUUAAAACUUGUUUUGGGUUGUAUUGACAUGGUUAGAUGAUAAGUUGGUUUAGAUUACUUGGCUAUUUAAUCAUUAGAAAGAUGAUAAGUUGGUGUAGAUUACUUGGCUAUUUAAUCAUUAGAGUGACCGUCGUGCUGUAGUUUACUGGCUUGUAGUUUCUUGGAAUUAUGUCAUUGUCCUGUACGUAGGUUUCCUGUUCACUUUGUUAUCGUUCUCGCCUUCUGAUUAAGUGAUGCCUAAUCUCAAAACUGGUUUAAUGUUCUGUACAGUCUGAGAGGACAAUGUAUGCUUCUUGUUAGAAGGCAGAUCUAUUGGUUUUUAACUAUAACUUGUGUAACUUGUUUUUCUUUCAGAAAUAAUUUGUGUA